GAUUUUCGACACUUCGCGCUUCCAGGCUGCCGUACUGCUGACGUCAUUUCCAUCUUACACCGGAAGUGUGAGUUGGCUGGCCGGGGGAUAUCAAGAUGUCUGCCAUAUUUAAUUUCCAGAGUCUGUUGACUGUUAUCUUGCUGCUCAUCUGCACCUGUGCGUAUAUUCGAGCUCUCACUCCCACCCUGCUGGAUAAGAACAAAACGGGAUUUCUCGGAAUAUUCUGGAAAUGUGCAAGAAUAGGUGAGCGCAAAAGCCCUUACGUGGCGUGUUGCUGUAUCAUCAUGGCCUUCUCAAUUUUAUUUUCGGAGUAGCAGCGGAAGCGUUUGAGGAUUUGGAGCAGGCUGAGAUGAUAUCCAAGAACAGCCAUAAGAUUCUACAGCAGGGAACAUGUGUAAUCGGGCGACAAUUCGACUCUCGGGCAGAACUGGGCUUCUGUUAAUGCAUGUGGAGGCAACUUUCAGCCUCCCGGACCUAUUUUUGUAAAUACAAAUUGUUAUUUGCCUCCAUGGUAAUGCUCCAGUUGUCAUUGACUCGUGCACCCAAAGCAGUUCUGAUGUACCGUUUGUUGUUGGAGCCAAAAUGCUUGUCACUGACAGUUUUAUUAUGGGACAUUGAGGAUAAAUCUGAUGCGCACAGAUGUGCUUGAUAUUAUGCUUGUUCAAUUGUUCAAUUUAGUCUGUUAACUCUUUGUUUUACAUGGAGAUGUGGCGAAGUUUGCAUUAAAAAUGAAUUUAUUACA